CUCUCCUCGUGCCCGUCUCCUCCUCACCAUGACAACGGCAGAUUUUCAGCAUCGUUAGAGGACACAGCCCCUGUGCCUGUGCCCACCCUUUGUGUAAAUCGUCGUGUUUUACAGCAGCCGUCGUGUUUUACAGCUGUAUUUGAAUGUAGGGAGCCGUGUUUUCCGCGUGGACCCUGAUGCGUGGGAGGAAAGCAGGAGGCUGUGUGACCGCGUAAACAAAAUGGCCCUGCUUCUGCUUCAGCUUCAGCAUCUGCGGCUGCGGCUGCUCUCGUGCGUCCUGCUGCUGUGCGCGCUAAGACGCACCGACACGCGCUCGUCGCAAAUAUCGGAUUUAAAGUCUCGGAUAUCAGGGGUGGAGGAGCUGCUGGAGGAGUUCCGGAAGCAGCUGCAGCAGGACCAGGCGUACAGGGCACCGGGGGAGGUCGUCGACUCCUGCGUGGGUGACUUCAACGCCGCCGAGGAGCGCAUCAUCCGGGCCAAGGACUCCAUCGAGCAGGGGGCCACGUUCCUGCUGGCCCCGGACAGGGUGUACAGCUGGAAGGACUGCCUGCACGCAUGCUGCUCCCAGGCCCACUGCACCGUGGCCGUGGUCCAGGAGGAUGGGAGGCAGGCCGGGGACAGUCUGAGCUGCUACCUGUUCAACUGCACCUACAGGGCCAAGAACGUCUGCUCCUUCGCCCGCCAGCAGGGCUUCACCACCUACAGCCGGAGCCCCAACACCACCCGGGGACACCUCCAGGGCCCGUCCGGAGGCACUGCCAGGAGGCCCGGGGAGGAGGAGGACGACACCCAGGAGGUGGAUGAGCCUCCUCGUAGUGAUGCUGGACAGGAUGUGGUGAUCCAGCUGCCCACAGACUGGGCUGUUCUGGAUGGACGAGACAGUGUGGACGACCACGGGAUCAACCGCUAUGAGUGGACACUUGUCAAAGGCGACACAGCCAUCAAUAUGAAGGUGACUCAUCCAGGGCUGCUGAAGAUCAGUGGUCUUCAGGAGGGCGUCUACACUUUCCAGAUGACGGUGACGGACACAGUGGGUCAGAAGAGCACUGACAAUGUGUCUGUCACUGUUCUGGCACCGAAACACCAAGCAGAAGUUUGUACGGGUCACUGCUCCAACUACCAGUUUAAGUGUGACGAUGGCUGUUGUAUCGACAUCACUUACGCCUGUGAUGGCAAACAACACUGUCCAGACCGCUCUGAUGAAGACUUCUGUCCAAACUUUGAUGGCAGCAGGAAGUCAGUGACCCACCCUGCUGACCUGCCCAUCCCUCAUCGACCUGUAACCCAAACAGAAGAGGCAGAGGACGGCUCCAUGCUCCAGACCGAGCCCAGGAAGACCAUGGAGAGCAUCGUAUCCACUCAGGACAGGACCAAGACUACAUCGUCACAAAGCUCAGACCUUCAGCUGGAAGCCACAGCCAGUCAAGAUCCGUGCUCUUCAGCUCCAGUCGUCGGACCCUGUAAAGGAACGUUCCCUCGGUGGUAUUACGACCAGGACGCAGGAGAAUGCAAACACUUCCUGUAUGGUGGUUGCCAGGGGAACCAUAACAACUUCCUCCAGGAGUCGGACUGUGUCACUGAAUGUAUACAGAAAAGUCCGGCCUUCAAACCAGCGACUGUGUCUCCACCAAUCACAAAACAGACAGAAAUAGCUGCCCCGAAAGUGUCCCAGAGCCAAACUGAAAGUGACCCCAUCUCUAAACCAGUUCCAGUGAGAGGAGGACAUCCAGUCCCAGAGUCUGGUGCGAUUCUUCCUCUGGCUCUUGGCCUCAUCAUCACCGCUCUGCUGCUGCUCAUGAUUGGCUGUCGUCUCAGGCUUGUUCGCCACAAGCUGAAGAAAGCCCGGCCCCUCACCACAGAGGAGUCGGAUUACCUCAUCAACGGUAUGUACCUGUAGGGAGCGCCGAAAUCUGACCCGCCGCCAUCAGAGCCUGAGCCGGGACUUGAAAUUUGCACUCUUCAUGUCUCGCAGCCCAGCGUCUCCAAACGUCCCCUCACUUCAGCUUGGAAACCUCCUUUUUCUCUUUCACAAACUUCUUCUCUCCUCUUUCCUCUGGUUCUACUGCUGCUGACUGAUGCUGCCUUUAAAGCCAAUGAUACAUAUUUAUGUUGUCUUAAUCCAGUAUGAAACAUAUACCAACUGUCUGUAUUAUUUCUCCUCAUAGAUACAGUACAGGAGGCUUUUCGUCCUUUCUGUCCUCUCAUGUUGAAUUGAUUGUAAGCAUUUGCAACUUCAGACUAUGCUGUAUUUCUGCCAGCGAGUGGCACUAAUGUCUCAUAUUUCUGCUGAAGAUUUCAGUCAAACUAAACUAUGGUUAGAAAUGCAACAAAUCUGACUGCCUGUUCUGGUGCACUUUCCAAGAUUCAACACAAAAGAUUCUUAGGUUCCCAAAAUAACAGUAAGCCAUAGCAACUAGUAUAGAUUAAAAACCCUACUAUGCCAGGUUCUGUUGCUUUUUUUUUUCUUUGUUUGGCAAAUUCAAGUAGAGUAUGUACUGUAUUUGCAGAGUGUAAUCCCUCCAAGUGCUGUCUUUCAUGUGAGAUAUUAAAGUUUAUUAUAUAUCAAAACA